GAGCGAGUGUGACUCGCACACGCCUUGAAACAUCUUUUUCGGGCAGGUGCGCGGCACAGGUAUCGUCUUUCUCCGAGUCAUUGUCAUCCAUCGGGUGGAGAGCGUCGAAAAGAGUACAUUUUAAGUGGACUUCACGAUGCCGGGUGAUAAAUUCAGCAUUCCGCCAUACCAGCCAAGUGGCAGCAAACACCACAGCAGCAGACACAGGCAUAAUGAGCUCAUGUCCAAUCCAGCAUUUUCCUACCACCCAGCGGACAAGAUGCUUCACUUUUAUCGCUGGAGGUCACCACCGGGUGUGAUGAAGAUACUUUGCAUCUUGAUCAUCAUCAUGUGUGUGGCUGUGUUUGCCUGUGUGGCCUCCACACUUGCCUGGGACUAUGAUAUGAAUGCCAUUGGUCUGGGUGGUAGCACCGGCUUGGUGCCAGGCUUUGGCAGUGGGUCAUAUGGUGGCUCAUACGGUGGCUCAUACAGUGGCGGUUUUGGUGGCUCGUAUGGAGGAGGCCUUGGCGGUACCUAUAGUGGCUAUGGAGGAACAACACAAAUGGAUCCUAGAGCGGGAAAAGGCUUCAUUAUUGCCAUUGCCGCCAUCACCUUCAUAGCUGUGCUAAUCAUUUUUGUGUUGGUUGUGUCAAGACAAAAUGCUGCUCACUCGUCAAAGUUCUACCUAGCAACAAUCAUCAUAUGUGCCAUCUUGGCAUUUUUGAUGCUCAUCGCCACCAUAGUGUACCUGGUGGCCGUAAACCCAACCGCCCAGUCCUCAGGGUCCAUUUACUACAAUCAAGUUCGCCAGCUGUGUGCUCAGUAUCAAAACCAGAACCAGGCCCAGGGUAUCUUCCUCAACCAAUACCUGUACCAUUAUUGUGUGGUGGAACCCCAAGAGGCCAUAGCAAUCGUCUUGGGCUUCCUGGUGUUUAUAGCCCUUAUCAUUCUUUUGGUGUUUGCUGUUAAGACACGCUCCAGCAUUAGGCGCUGGGGCAGAGAUCGUAUUCUAUGGGAGGAGGUUAAGUUUGUCAAUGACGGUGGACAUCACAGCGUUGGAGAGUGGGUGAAAAAUGUGUCAGGCGAGCCAGAAACACUGGUGAAUGACUAUAACGAUCAAGUUGGGGCACCCCGGGGCUAUAUGGACCUAAAUAAACCUAUUUACAUCCCAGGGAAUUCUGAUAUUUCCAGCUCAGUGGAUGUCCUCAAGGCCGGACUGAAAGAUUAUGACACUGGUCCGGAUUCAGGAGACGACCUUGAGGAGGAGGACUUCAGCAAAUUAUUUCCUCCCAUUGUGGAUGAGGAUGAGCGUCUGAUUUACAAACAAGAGUUUGAGCAGGAUUACCUUGAGUACAAGAGAAUUCAAGUAGAGCUGGACAACAUAAACCAGAGCCUUGCUCAUCUGGAUCGAGAACUGGAAAAACAUCCAGAUGGCAGUCCACAGUUUCUGGAUGCCAUGGAAGACUACAUCAAACUGAAGAAUUUGAAGAAGACCUUGAAGAAGCGGUGCAAAUAUCUCAGGUCUAAGCUGUCCCACAUCAAAAGGAUGAUCAGUGACUAUGACCAUCGACCUUGAAUCAUGAGUUAUUCAGGGUAUGAUGCCAACCUCCAGAGUCUUCAUUUUUUUUAAAGAUUGAUCACCAGCCUAUACAAUAACAAUAUACUUUAAGACUUAAGGUAACAGGGAUGCGUGGCUUUUCUUGUUUACUGACUUUUUUUUUUUUUUCCUGAACUAUGAAGAACAAUAAGAAUGAUUUUUUUUUUCGUGUACUUUAAUUGUAUUAGAUUAUUUGUCAAGUAACAUUCUAGAAAUAAUGCUGUUCCUUUUUUUGUUUUAUUUUUUAUUUUAUUUUUAUAUACUAUAUACUACUGUAUACUUUCUUAGAGGCAUAGGUAAUAAGUCAUGUACUCAUUCCUGCAUUUAAAAUCAUUGACCAGCACUUGUAAACAAUAUUUGGUUUACAAUUGUACAUGUUUUUAAUUGUAAUUUUUAGCAACGCUGAAAUAAAAUGUUACUACAGA